UUAAGCAAGAGGCCCUGCCUCUGUGACGCAACUAAUCUGCAGCUGAGUUGCAGACUCCUGGCAUCUACAGAAGUACCAGUUUUACUUUCAAAGUUAUAUCAAAAAGAUGCAGAAAAACUACACUUCAAGAAGUGGAUGAAGAGUUAAAUGCUAGCAAGAGUGCAAAGUGCGUGCUUGUCCGGGUAGAAAACAGCUUUAACAAAGGAUCAAGCAGGAAGAUAAGAAGAUACAAGACAAGAGAGAAGACAUAAGCUAAAAGGAAGCAAGGAAACAAACUGAAGAGAAACAAGACCGGAGAGUGAAAAAGAACAAAGACGAACAAAGGAAACUGUUGAGGAACAAAGGUCAGAGAAGGCAAAAUUGGCAACAGAACAGAGAGAGAAGAGUAAAGAAACACCACCAUGUCCCACCGGCUGUUUGAGGGGAAGGCUCAUGCCUCCAUCUACCAAAAGUAUCGAUUUACUCCUCCAGAUGAGGUCAAGAACUAUAUUCUUCAGUAUCUAAACAAAAGGAAGGGAGAGCCACAUGUACUGGCAGUGGAUCUGGGAUGUGGGACAGGUCAGAAUUCCCGGCUACUGGCACCGUACUUCCAGGAAGUGGUGGGCAUUGACAUUAGCGAGUGUCAACUGGAGGAGGCCAGAGCUGUGCCAGGGUUUCCUAACGUCACAUACAGGAAGGGGGUAGCAGAGGUCCUUCCUUUUCCAGAUGGCUCAGUAGACUUGCUGACAGCAGCGUCAGCAGCCCACUGGUUUGAUCAGUCGAGGUUCCUAGUUGAGGCAAGUCGGGUUUUAAAACCCCGGGGUUGCAUGGCUCUGCUGGGCUUCUGUGACUCUAACACCAGACUUCACUACCAGAACUGUGGAGAAAGACUCACUCACAUCUAUGAAGAGGUGAAGCUGGCGCUGUUGCCACACACUAGCAAUCAAGUAGCUGUAUCUGAGGGUAAGCUGGAAGAGAUCUACUCAGCCAUCCCUUUUCCAGACAAAGAGAGGAUUGAGAGUAUUCGGGUGAGCUCACCAAUCUCUGUGAGGAACCUGGUGGGUUUCAUUGAGACCUGGUCCAUGUUCCAAGCUUCCAAGAAAAAAGAUCCCCAGACUGCUGAAGACCUGCUGCUCAAGACUCAGAAGAGGUUUCUGGAGGAGAUGGGAGUCACGUCUCCUGACACUGAAAUAGAGCAUGAACUGGAAUAUUUCUGUGUCCUGGCAUCAAAACCACAAUAAUCAACAAUGUGGCAUUGAGAGAGAGAGAGAGAGAGAGAGAGAGAGAGAGAGUGUCAGAUAUGCUGCAGUUUUCUAUUUGUUAACUUAGGAGUGUGCUUGUGAUUGUCUUGUGUAAUGCAAGUGGAUAAGUCAUCUGACAAAUAAUUCUGAUCAGACUUACAAUAUUAUCCCUUAACACUGCUUUUUGUCAUAGUUUAACGAAUAGUUUACAGUUGAUGUACUUGUGUGUUGACAUAUUCAUCAAUAGAACAUUUACAAAUGAUUUCAUAUGUACUGAAUUUUGCUUGUAAGUAAAUUUUGUUUCUCAACAGAACAGCUGAUCCCUUGUAGCCUUAAACGCACACUGAGAGGUUAUAUAACUGAGAAAAAAUAAAUUCUUUUGAAAUAUAA